GCUUCGUGCCCGACGAGUGCCCGCGCACCGUGCGCAGCGGCGACUUCGUGCGCUACCACUACGUGGGGACUUUCCCCGACGGCCAGAAGUUCGACUCCAGCUAUGAUAGAGACUCCACUUUCAACGUUUUUGUGGGGAAAGGACAGCUGAUUGAAGGGAUGGACCAGGCUCUGGUUGACAUGUGUGUAAACGAGAGGCGUUUUGUGAAGAUUCCCCCAAAGCUUGCCUACGGAAAUGAAGGAGUUGCUGGUGUGAUCCCCCCAAAUUCAGUGCUUCAUUUUGAUGUACUUCUGAUGGAUAUUUGGAAUUCUGAAGACCAGGUACAGAUUCACACUUAUUUCAAGCCCCCCAGUUGCCCUCGGACUAUCCAGGUGUCUGAUUUUGUGAGGUACCACUACAAUGGAACAUUCCUGGAUGGAACGCUGUUUGAUUCGAGUCACAAUCGCAUGAAGACAUAUGACACGUAUGUGGGAAUUGGCUGGCUGAUUCCUGGGAUGGACAAAGGGCUGCUGGGGAUGUGUGUCGGGGAGAAGCGCAUCAUUACCAUCCCUCCGUUUCUGGCCUAUGGGGAAGAUGGAGAUGGGAAAGACAUUCCUGGACAGGCAUCUCUGGUAUUUGAUGUUGCAUUAUUGGACCUCCAUAACCCCAAGGACAGUAUUUCCAUUGAGAACAAGGUGGUGCCUGAAAACUGUGAGCGGAUAAGUCAAAGUGGGGACUUUCUCAGGUAUCACUACAAUGGCACGCUUCUGGAUGGCACCUUCUUCGAUUCCAGUUACUCCCGGAACCGUACCUUUGACACAUACAUUGGGCAGGGCUAUGUGAUUCCUGGGAUGGACGAAGGUUUACUUGGUGUUUGCAUUGGAGAGAAGCGAAGGAUUGUAGUCCCUCCUCAUCUGGGGUAUGGAGAGGAAGGAAGAGGGAAUAUCCCCGGCUCAGCCGUACUGGUAUUUGACAUCCACGUGAUCGACUUCCACAACCCCUCAGACUCCAUCAGCAUCACCUCCCACUACAAGCCCCCCGACUGCUCAGUGCUGAGUAAGAAGGGAGAUUAUCUCAAGUAUCACUACAACGCCUCGCUUCUGGAUGGGACCCUCCUGGACUCCACGUGGAAUUUAGGCAAAACUUACAACAUUGUUUUGGGGUCUGGACAAGUCGUGCUGGGAAUGGACAUGGGUCUCAGAGAGAUGUGUGUUGGUGAGAAACGGACAGUGAUCAUUCCACCCCACCUGGGAUACGGGGAGGCUGGCGUGGAUGGAGAAGUGCCCGGCAGUGCUGUGCUGGUGUUCGACAUUGAGCUGCUGGAGCUGGUGGCUGGCCUGCCCGAGGGGUACAUGUUUAUAUGGAACGACGAGGUGUCACCCAACCUCUUUGAAGAAAUCGACAAGGAUGGCAAUGGAGAGGUCUUCCUUGAAGAGUUCUCCGAGUACAUCCACGCCCAAGUGGCAUCUGGCAAAGGGAAGCUCGCUCCUGGUUUUGAUGCUGAAAUGAUCGUGAAGAAUAUGUUCACCAACCAGGACCGGAAUGGAGACGGGAAGGUCACGGCCGAAGAAUUUAAGCUCAAAGACCAGGAAGCCAAACAUGAUGAACUCUAAACUAGGCACAAGCCAGCUGGUGCCAGGGAGUGUGUGCCACCAAGCUGCCUGUCGGGGCAGAACGUGCAGUGAGGGUGCAAGGGUUUCUCAGAAGGUGCAUCAUUAGUGAGUAGCGGAUGGGUCACAUACUACCUGGUGUAUACAGCAGGGUGGGUUGAUACACAUGGUGAAUUUAGGCAAAUUGCCAGUGGUAGUAGACAAAAUCUGUGCAGAGUGCCUUAGCGUGGGACGUGUCCAGUACUGAAAAGGCUGCACUGCCAGCCAUUAUUUGUGAGCCUUUUGGAACAUUUUAUUAUUAAUGGAAUGUAGUAUCACACAGAAAUGAUAAUCAUCUUGGAGGGAACAGAAGAAAAAGUGUCCAGGGUGUCUACAUAAAGAGGGUUAAUUUUGUUUUAAACUUGAUGGUGUUUUAAAAAAGAUCUCAAGCUGGGCAGGAGAAGCAAAGGGCACGCCCCCCCAAGAUUCCCAAAAGGCAGCCCGUGGCUUUUCUCAGCGGCCUAUACAAGCUCUGGUGAUGGCCCCUGCCUCUCCCAGCACACACACGCAUGCACACACAUUGUGCUUUUUGAGUUCCUCACACCCUGUCCCGCUGUGCUCCUCCCCUGGGCAGUGUGUAACCCAGAGGUUAAGAGAGCCUCCCGGACAGAAAAAACAGGGAACUACAUGAAAGACCUUUGGACCAUGGACGGAGAUUCUGCCAUACAAGGUCGUCUGUUUAGCUCUUUCUUAUUCCUAGUUCAGUAUCUUGUAGAGUACUCUCUUUUUUUUUCACCCUGAGCCAUGUGAUAGAUGGGACAGGUAACUAAGCAGUCACCUCGCUGGUCAGUCAGCAGAGUAUUUCCCUUGGCCGAGACAGAAGUGUUCUUCCAAUCGAUGAGCUGCUGAGCAUAAACAAAGUGAUGUUUUUCUGCCGCUUAUCUGUGUCCCGGAGAGAGUGGUGCCCUGAGCGCUGGGCCCAGCUGCAGGAUGGCAACGACCUGCCCUCCUGUUCAUGCAUCAUGCAUUGAGCACGUGGCUACCUUUUGUCCUCUGUUCCCAAGUGGUGUUGGCGUUUACCCUCAAGUCAUUGAUGAUUUCCCUUUGGAAACUGCUUUCUUUUACUAAUUUAAACUAUUUUGUAUGGAGGUAGCCCUGAGAUAGUUCAUGAAAAUGCUGUGCACUCAUUCAAUGGAAUAAAUGUUGGAAAGCUGAUCUUUUCUGAUAUAAAAUGUUGAAUUAUAUUA